GAUGUAAAGGCCUCAAUGAGGAAGCUGAGACCUGAGAGAUGAAGUGAGGGUGGGUAAAGAGAGUUCCAGGCAAAGAGAACUGUGUUGUGAAAGCCCUAAAGCAAUUAAAGUAUCAGUGGCUGGACUGCGGAGUGACCAAGGCAGUGGCAGGACCUGAGAGAGCAAACAGAAGCCUGCUGGGAAGAGCUUUCUAGGAAAAGGGGAUCAGCGAUGUUUCAGAGGCUGCCCAUGAAUGAAGAGCCUGGGUGCGUGAACAAAGACGUGGAGCAGAGCCCAGCCAACCCAUGUCGGACAAGGAGACACCGAGUCAUUACCAUUAUCCCAAAGAAGGAGCCCCAGGAGGAUGAGAGUAUUAUUGCUGUACAUCUAAAGUCAAGGGAGUGGAAGCGUGAGGAAAAUGGACCAAUUUUGUCAUUCUAAAAACAUGGGCUAUUUUCAGGGCUCUGUGUCAUUCAGGGACGUGGCCAUCAGCUUCUCCCAGGAAGAGUGGGUGUGUCUGGACCCUGCUCAGAGGGCUUUGUACAGGGACGUGAUGUUGGAGAACUAUAGCCACCUGCUCUCACUGGCAGGAAGGUCCAUUUCUAAGCCAGAUGUGAUUACCUUACUGGAGCAAGAGAAAGAGCCUUGGGUGGUUGUGAGGAAAGAAACAAGUGGAUGGUACCCAGAUUUGGGGUCAAAUUAUGGAGCUAAGAAGUUAUCUCCAGAAAAUGAUAUUUACGAAACAAAUUUGCCCAAACAGAGUAUAACGCAAAUAAGUAAAACCCCUGGCCUCAAGGCCUCCAAUUGUAGAAAUGACUCAAAAUGCAGAAAUAGAUUUAGGGGACGACAGAGACAUCAAGAGGGGCAUAUCAGUCAAAAGAUAAUAAGCUAUGAAAAAAUGCAUACUUAUACUCAUCAUAUUUCUCUUAUUCACAAUACAGAUAAGCCAUAUGAAUGUAAGGAGUGUGGGAAGUACUUUAGUCGUGGUUCAAAUCUUAUUCAGCAUCAGAGUAUUCAUACGGGAGAGAAACCCUACAAAUGUAAGGAAUGUGGGAAGGCCUUUCGACUUCUUAUCCAGCUUACUCGCCAUCAGAAAUUUCAUAGUGGUGAAAAACCCUUUAAAUGUAAGCAAUGUGGGAAAGCUUUUAGUCUUCCCACCCAGCUCAAUCGCCAUGAGAACAUUCAUACAGGUGAGAAACCAUUUGAGUGUAAGGCAUGUGGUAAGUCCUUUAAUCGUAGCUCAAACCUUGUUCAACAUCAGAGUAUUCAUACGGGUGCAAAACCCUAUGAAUGUAAAGAGUGUGGGAAAGGCUUUAAUCGUGGUUCAAACCUUAUUCAGCACCAGAAAAUUCAUUCUAGUGAGAAACCCUUUGAGUGUAAGGAGUGUGGGAAGGCCUUUAAAUAUCAUUACCAACUUACUGAACAUUGUCGAAUUCAUACUGGUGAGAAACCCUUUGAAUGUAAAGAAUGUGGGAAGGCCUUUUGUCUUCCAGUAGAGCUUGCUAGACAUCAGAACUUUCAUACUGGUGGGAAACCAUUUACAUGUAAGGAAUGUGGCAAGGCCUUCAGUCGUGGCUCGAAUCUUGUCCAACAUCAGAGUAUUCAUACUGGUGAGAAACCCUAUGGAUGUAAGGAGUGUGGGAAGGCUUUUAGACUUCACCUACAACUUUCUCGACAUCAGAAAACGCAUACUGGUGAAAAACCAUUUGAAUGUAAAGAAUGCGGGACAGCCUUCCAAUAUCAGUACCAACUUAUUGAGCAUCAGCGAAUUCACACAGGUGUGAAACCUUAUGAAUGUAAGGAAUGUGGGAAAUUGUUUCGUCGUGGUUCAAACCUCAUUCAACAUCGGAGUGUUCAUACUGGAAAGAAACCUUUUGAAUGUAAGGAAUGUGGGAAGGCCUUUAGACUCCAUAUACAACUUACUCGACAUGAGAAAUUUCAUACCGGUGAGAAGCCCUUUGAAUGUGGAAAAUGUGGGAAAGCCUUUAGUCUUCUCACCCAGCUUCAUCGCCAUGAGAACAUUCAUACAGGUGAGAAACCAUUUGAAUGUAAAGAAUGUGGGAAGUCCUUUAAUCGUGUCUCAAACCUUGUUCAACAUCAGAGUAUUCAUGCUGGCGUGAAACCCUAUGAAUGUAAAGAGUGUGGGAAGGGCUUUAAUCGUGGUUCAAACCUUAUUCAGCAUCAGAAAACUCAUUCUAGUGAGAAACCCUUUGAGUGUAAGGAGUGCGGGAAGGCCUUUAGGUAUCAUUACCGACUUAUUGAACAUCAUAGAAUGCAUACUGGGGAGAAACCCUUUGAAUGUAAAGAAUGUGGGAAGGCCUUUACUCUUCUGACACAGCUUACUCGACAUCGGAACAUUCAUACUGGUGAGAAACCAUUUAAAUGUAAGGAAUGUGGCAAGGCCUUCAAUCGUGGUUCAAAUCUUGUUCAACAUCAGAGUAUUCAUACUGGCGAGAAACCCUACGGAUGCAAGGAGUGUGGAAAGGCUUUUAGACUUCACCUACAACUUUCUCGACAUCAGAAAACGCACGCUGGUGAGAAACCAUUUGAAUGUAAGGAAUGUGGGGCAGCCUUUAGACAUCAGUACCAAGUUAUUGAACAUCAGCGAAUUCAUACAGGUGUGAAACCCUAUGAAUGUAAGGAAUGUGCAAAGAGCUUUAGUCGUGGUACAGACCUUAGAGUACAUCAGAGAAUUCACACUGGUGAGAAACCCUUUGAAUGUAAGGAAUGUGGGAAGGCCUUUCGACAUCAUUAUCAGUUUCUUGGACAUUCCAGAAUUCAUACUGGUGAGAACCCCUAUGAAUGUAAGGAAUGUGGGAAAUGCUUUAUUUGCAGUAGUGAACUUAGAGUACAUCAGAGAAUUCAUACUGGUGAGAAACCGUAUCAGUGUAAGGAAUGUGGGAAGGCCUUCAGUCGUAGCUCAAACCUUAUUCAACAUGUUAAAAUUCAUACUGGUGAGAAGCCCUAUGAAUGUAAGGAAUGUGAAAAGGCCUUUAGCAAUAAUUAUGAACUUACUGUACAUCAGAGAAUUCAUACUGGUGAGAAACCUUAUGAAUGUAAGGAAUGUGGGAAAACUUUUAGACUUAGUUCAGUCUUUACUGCCCAUCAGAGAAUUCAUACAGGUAUGAAACCCUAUGAAUGUAAAGAAUGUGGAAAGAGCUUUAGUUGUAGCUCAAACCUUAUUCAACAUGAGAGGAUUCAUACUGGUGAAAAACCUUAUGAAUGUAAGGAAUGUGGGAAGGCCUUUAGACUUAGGUCAGUGUUUAUUGCCCAUCAGAGAAUUCAUACAGGUCUGAAACCCUAUGAGUGUAAAGAAUGUGGGAAAGCCUUUACUGUGACUGGUCAGCUGACCCGACAUCAGAAAAUUCAUAAUCGUCAGAAGUCCUAUGAAUAUAAGGAAUGCGGGAAAAAAACCUUCCCUGGUUAUGAACAGCUUACUCAUCAUCAGAGAGUUCACAGUGGCAAGAAACCCUAUGAUAUAAAAGAAUGUGGGAAGACCUUCCAUCAUGGACUGAGAUUUGCUCAACAGCACAGUAUUCCUACUGGUGAGGAACUCCUUGAGUAUAAGUAAUGUGGAAGGAUUGACAGUCACAGCAAACACUUUAGAGUAGAGAAGACAUUCUGAUGAGGGAGUCUUUAAAUGUAAGAAAUACAGGGUGGCCGUCGUGUUCAUUGUUUACUAAUCAUGAAAGAUAUUUUACUACGUAUGUUAAUUUCAUGCAUUUAGAAAAGCCUUCAAACUCCAACUGGAGAAAAACUAUUCUUGGAACAAAUAUAAGCUACAUCUACCUGAGGCAUGUGCUUUAUUUCCAUUUCACUACCUAUGUGACAUUAGACUAGGUGUCUAGCCUCUUUUUGCAUCAUUUAUAAUGGCAAUGGUAGUGAGUACUAGUGCAAUUAUAGGAAUAAAUGUGUUACAGUACACAGAAAAUCCUUGAAAAAGUAUUUGGCACAUGCUUGUGCUCAUAAAGGAUAGCUUUUGCAUUGUUCCAUUAGCAUUACUGUUACUGAGGACAGGAAAAGUGUAUUGUGAAUCAUUUAGAAAAACCUCAUCCAUUCACCAUUAAGUUUUAAAUAACUUCCGUAUAAAAUUUCAUGGGAGGUAAAUAACACGUGAGGAUUUUCAUUAAGAGCUCAUCCCUUGGGGCGCCUGGGUGGCGCAGCCGGUUAAGCGUCGGACUUCAGCCAGGUCACGAUCUCGCGGUCUGUGAGUUCGAGCCCCGCGUCGGACUCUGGGCUGAUGGCUCAGGGCCUGGAGCCUGUUUCCGAUUCUGUGUCUCCCUCUCUCUCUGCCCCUCCCCCGUUCAUGCUCUGUCUCUCUCUGUCCCAAAAAUAAAUAAACGUUGAAAAAAAAAAUUUAAAGAGCUCAUCCCUUAAGUUACAUCAGAAAGUUAAUUUUGGAAAGAAACCCUAUGGAUUUCGUGCGUGAGGAGAUAUUGAGAAAACAGCUGUUGAAGAAUCAGGGAGAGUUUUUGAAGUGAUUUGUCUAUAAAAGGCAACAGGCAGAAAAUGUAUAAUUUAUAUUCUCUGUCCAGAAGUUAAGAUAAAUAUUAGUGAAAGAAUAGCAAAAUAAAAGCUAUCCAUGGGGCGCCUGGGUGGCGCAGUCGGUUAAGCGUCCGACUUCAGCCAGGUCACGAUCUCGCGGUCCGUGAGUUCGAGCCCCGCGUCAGGCUCUGGGCUG